AUGGCGUCCGAUGCAUAUCAUAGCAAGACAAUCGUAGGCCCCAUGGUACAGUACCGUCCACCAUUGGAGGAUCUAGACGAACCUACGGAGAGUGAAUGUCUCGGCCGUGAUCUCAGCACAACACUCUACAUGAUGCACCGGGGAGCUGGGCAGUCCACCUGCCGUCGACAUGCUCAUAUGCGCACGUGUGAAGAGGUUGGCAUUACUGUCGAGGCUGCACGAAAUCUUGAAGCAUUUUCCCCGUGGACACCUCCACUCUCGGCCGAGCCUCGUGACGCAGAUGACCUUCUUGCUGGUCUAGAACAUAUCUCGUCUGACGAUGUUGCUGCUGGAUUCGCGGGUCUCAAAGAGUUGAAGAGGACUGAAGAACUUUAA